AUGGGUUCAUCGGCAUCGAAAGCAUCGCGAGCAGCAGGCUCCGCCGCCCGCAAAUAUCCUACACGGACUCCCACGCAAUCGCCUCCUACAAGCAGUGCCAGUGCUACGACAUCCAAAACCACAACCAAUGCCGCUCCACAGCCGCCUCCAGCAGCGGCAUCACAACCAGGCCCAACCGUGAAACCAACGCCUCGCGCAAGCGGGUCUCGCGACAAUGCCAUCAAUCUCGAUGCUUCAGAUCCCGACUUCGCACAAUCGCUACGCUCGAUAGGUCCUGUGCAGCCCAACCCUACGCUUUCGCCAACAUCUGCAUUCAAUCCCAAUCAAGCUGCAAGAUCUGGGCCCGACCCGAGACAGAACCCUGCCGUAUUAGUGCUGGAAGCGAGAGCAAAAUUGCAAGAAAAAGCUGAGAUUGAAUUCAUGGAGGCCGGUCGACGAGCACACACAGGACGAGAGUUUCUGGAUGUCUACCAGAUCCGACAGAUUCUUACGAUGCGGGACCAGCAAGGUCGAAAAGAUGAAGAUAUUGAGCGGAGACUUGGGCUGAAGAAGGGUGCUGUCAGUCGGCUGGGCAUGCACGGCAUUGUCGGGCUUGCGCACGAAACUGGAAGAGCAGAGAAGGAGAUUAGAAUGGUUUGA